GUAUAUCUAUUUUAAAAAUAAAUGAAUCGAAUCUAGCAGUGAAAUUGAUCGAUAAAUUUGGAGUAAUUGAGAACCACUGCUUAAAAGAGCAACAUGGCGAUUUCCUUACUUAUUGAAGUUGAAGUAGGUGUAGUCGCUAAUGAAAAUAGGAAUAGUCACUAAUUUAUUGUUAAGAUCAAAACAGAUUUAAUAGUAAGUGUAUGUCUAAUGUGUGUUGUAUGUUUUAAAAGAUUGAAGUGAAAGUGUCCAUUUGUCGCGAUAGAUUUGACAUUUCAGGUUGAACAAAAUAUUUCUAUUCUUUUAUAAUAAUACGUCUAGGAAACUGCAACACACUAAACAGAUCAAAUUGCAUUUUAUACAGAAUGUCAAACUUGUAGCCUAAUAAAAGAAAAUAGAUUUUUUUGUUUUGUAGCCAAAACAUGGUAAAAUUAUAUGCAUUAUCAAUUUUAUAUAAAAACCCUACAUCGGCAACAACAUUGAAAGCUGCCUAUGAUGUAGAAUCAUUUUCCUUUUUUCAAAGAGGAAGCGUUAAAGAGUUUAUGAGCUUUGUAAGUAAAACUAUCGUAGAAAGGACUCAAAGCUGCUCUAGACAAAGCGUCAAAGAAGGAGAUUACAUGUGUCAUGUAUAUGUUAGAGCUGAUAAUCUAGCCGCGGUUCUUAUAUCGGAUCAUGAAUAUCCAAGAAGAGUAGCGCAUACGUUAAUUACAAAAGUUAUGGAUGAGUUUUCUUUAAAAUAUCCGCAAUCAAUGUGGGAUACUUUAAGCGAAGCUACCAUUGAUUUUGCACAGCUUAACAUAUAUUUAGCGAAAUACCAAAAUCCGAAUGAAGCUGAUGCCCUUACCAAAAUGCAAAAUGAUUUAGAUGAGACCAAGAUUAUUUUACACAAUACGUUAGAGGCUGUUCUUCAAAGAGGAGAAAAAUUGGAUGAUCUAGUUUCAAAAUCUGAAGGGCUUAGUGCUCAAUCCAAAGCAUUUUAUAAAACUGCACGAAAAACCAAUUCUUGUUGCAGUUUAGCUCCUUAAAAUCUUAUAUUGAUAAAUAUUGUUGAUUAAUUCCAAAUAUAACUGUCAUUUUCAGAGUGGCAAAUGAAAAAAGUUAGUAUUAAAUAUGUUUGAUUUGAUUACAGAAACAAUUUACAAAUACUACUAUUGGUAUAGCGAGUUAAGUUUAAUAUCGCAUGUACAGAUUUUUUUGUAUAUAAAACAUAUUUAUGCACUUAAAUGGUACAUCAAGCUACUGCUACAGUUGUCCGAUUAUUUUCGAUGUAUUUUAUUGACGUAUAGAAGGUCGUGUUAAAAUGUGUUCAGUAAUUGUUGUGACUGAAAAAUAUUUUAUUCUGGAAAACUCUUUAUUUCUUUUUUGUUCGUGCAAUAAUGAAAUAUAUAAAAAUGAAGUACAAAUAAAUUAACUGUAAACAUUUUGCUGGCAGAAAUAAGUGCAUGAUAUAUAUGUAUUUUUAAACUUAUUUUUAGUAUCAAAACAAAGCAUUUAAAAGUAUAUAUGGGUAUAUAUUUUUUA